CGGGGCGGAGCGGAGCGCGGGGCACUUCCGGCCGCCGCCAUUUUGUCCGCGGCCCUCGGGAGGAAGCGGCGGCGGGCGAGGCCUUCACAGCCGCCGUCGCCUCGCGGCCCUCUCCCUCCGUCCCUCUCCGCAGCGCCGAUCUUUCUUCCGGUGGUAACCUCAACCAUGGAGGCGGGAGGGCUCGGCUGGUGAAGGAGCAGCCCCCGACACCUCGAAGGGUCGAAGGAUUUAAGGGUGUCUGGUGAGGAAUGCAAUGGGAUCAAUAGCAUGUCUGCAGAGAGCGGCCCCGGGACGAGACUGAGGAACCUGCCAGUGAUGGGCGACGGCCUCGAAGCCACCCAGAUGUCGACGGCGCAGGCGCAGGCGCAACCCCAGCAAGGCAGCACCGUCGGCGUCAACCCCCCUCCGCCGGAGACCUCCAACCCCAACAAACCCAAGCGGCAGACCAACCAGCUGCAGUACCUGCUCAAGGUGGUGCUGAAGACGCUAUGGAAGCACCAGUUUGCGUGGCCUUUCCAGCAGCCCGUGGAUGCUGUCAAGCUGAACCUCCCCGAUUAUUAUAAGAUUAUUAAAACCCCGAUGGACAUGGGAACAAUAAAGAAACGCUUGGAGAAUAACUACUACUGGAACGCUCAAGAAUGUAUCCAGGACUUUAACACAAUGUUUACAAACUGCUACAUCUACAAUAAGCCAGGAGAUGACAUAGUCUUAAUGGCAGAAGCUCUAGAAAAGCUCUUCCUGCAGAAAAUCUCCGAAAUGACGCAGGAAGAAACGGAAAUCGUCAUAGCCCAGACGAAAGGAAGAGGACGCGCGCGGAAGGAAGCAGUGACAUCCAAGCCAGGAUCAUCCACGGUACAGAACACGACCCAGGCCUCGUCCCCGGCGCAGACGCAGGCCCCGCAGCAAAACCUCCAGGCCGCACAGACCACCCAUUCCUUCCCUGCCGUCACCCCCGACCUCAUCGUCCCGACGCCCGUGAUGACGAUGGUGCCUCCGCAGCCCCCGGUGCCUCCUCCACCGGCCCCCCAGGCCCCCGCCCCGCCGGCCCCGACCCCCCAGCCCAUGCAGCCUCACCCUCCCGUCAUCCCCACGCCCGCUCAGCCCGUCAAGACGAAAAAAGGAGUGAAGAGGAAAGCAGACACCACCACGCCGACGACCAUCGACCCGAUCCACGAAUCGUCCUCGCUGCCCGCCGAGCCCAAGUCCACCAAGCUGGGUCCACGGAGGGAAAGCAGCCGCCCGGUGAAGCCCCCGAAGAAGGACGUGCCGGAUUCCCAGCAGCACGUGGUGGAAAAGAGCAGCAAAGUGUCGGAGCAGCUCAAGUACUGCAGCGGCAUCAUCAAGGAGAUGUUCGCCAAGAAGCACGCGGCCUACGCCUGGCCCUUCUACAAACCCGUGGACGUGGAAGCGCUGGGGCUGCACGAUUACUGCGAUAUCAUCAAGCAUCCCAUGGAUCUGAGCACAAUCAAAUCCAAGCUGGAGAACCGGGAGUACAGAGAUGCUCAGGAAUUCGCCGCCGACGUGCGCCUGAUGUUUUCCAACUGCUACAAGUACAACCCCGCCGACCACGAGGUGGUGGCCAUGGCGCGGAAGCUGCAGGACGUGUUUGAGAUGCGCUUCGCUAAGAUGCCGGACGAACCGGAGGAGCCGGUGAUUCCGGCCUCUUCUCCGGUGGUGGUGCCACCUCCGACCAAGGUGGUUCCCCCCUCGUCCAGCGACAGCAGCAGCGACAGCUCCUCCGACAGCGACAGCUCCUCCGACGACUCCGAGGAGGAGCGAGCUCAGCGGUUAGCGGAGCUCCAGGAGCAGCUUAAAGCGGUGCACGAACAGCUCGCAGCCCUGUCCCAGCCCCAGCAGAACAAACCAAAGAAAAAAGAGAAGGACAAGAAGGAGAAGAAGAAGGAGAAGCACAAAAAGAAGGAAGAGCUGGAAGACAGCAAGAAGAGCAAAGCCAAGGAACCGCCAUCCAAGAAGGCGAAGAAAAGCAACAGCAACAGCAGUACCUCCAGUAAGAAGGAGCCUGUGACGGUGAAGAACAGCAAGCCCCCUCCAGCCUACGAGUCUGAGGAGGAGGAGAAGUGUAAGCCAAUGUCCUAUGAGGAGAAGAGGCAGCUGAGCCUGGACAUUAACAAACUCCCUGGUGAAAAACUGGGCCGGGUUGUGCAUAUCAUCCAGUCGAGAGAACCCUCGCUUAAGAACUCCAAUCCCGAUGAGAUUGAAAUUGACUUUGAGACAUUAAAACCAUCCACGUUACGGGAGCUGGAGAGAUACGUCACGUCGUGUUUGCGGAAGAAGAGGAAACCUCAAGCAGAAAAGGUGGAUGUAAUUGCUGGUUCCUCUAAAAUGAAGGGGUUCUCCUCCUCAGAGUCUGAGAGCACCAGCGAGUCCAGCUCCUCCGACAGUGAAGAUUCAGAAACAGGUCCGCGCGUCCGGCUGUCUCACGAUGUGUCUCCCCUUCAGCAUCACCAUCACCACCACCAAGCGGUGCAGCAGCAGCAGCAGCAGCAGCAGCCGCCUCCGCCGCCGCAGCCCCCGCAGCAGCCCCCGCCGCCGCCGCAGCAGCAGCAGCUGCCGCCGCAGCAACUGCAACCGCAGCCACCACCCCCGCCGCCGGUCCCCCCGCAAGCGCCGCCGCCGAUGAAAUCCUCCCCGCCGCCUUUCGUUCCUGCUCAAGUCUCCGUCAUGGAGCACCCGCUCCCGGGGAACAUGUUCGACACUAUGCCGCAUUUCACUCAGCCCAUCAUGCAUCUUCCUCAGCCGGAGAUGCCGCCUCAUCUUCCCCAGCCGCCUGAGCACAGCACUCCUCCCCACCUGAACCAACACGCCGUGGUCUCGCCUCCAGCUUUGCACAACGCUCUGCCUCAGCAGCCCUCGAGACCCAGCAACCGCGCCGCCGCUCUGCCCCCGAAGCCUCCGCGCCCGCCGGCCGUCUCGCCAGCCAUCAGCCAGCAGCCCAUGCUCCCUCAGCCGCCUCUGCCCCAGCCUCCCCAGGUCCUGCUGGAGGACGAGGAGCCUCCCCCGCCUCACCACAGCCUGCCUCUGAGCACCAGCCAGAUGCAGCUCUACCUUCAACAGCUGCAGAAAGUGCAGCCGCAGACUCCUCUUCUCCCUUCAGUGAAGGUCCAGUCGCAGCCCCAGCCUCCCCUGCAGCCUCCGGCGCACCCCGCGGUGCAGCAGCUGCAGCACCAGCCCCAGCAGAGGCCCAUGCACAUGCAACCCAUGCCCUUCCCUUCCCACAUCCCCCAACCGCAGCCACCUCCGCAGCAGCAUCCGCCCCCGCAGCCGCCGCCGCCGCAGCCUCCGCAGCCGGCGAAACCUCAGCAAGUCAUCCAGCAUCACCCCUCGCCGCGGCACCAUAAGCCCGAUCCCUACUCGACCGGUCACUUGCGGGAAGCCCCUUCCCCUCUCAUGAUGCAUUCCCCACAGAUGCCGCCGUUCCAGGGCUUGGUCCACCAGUCGCCACCUCAACAAAACAUCCAGCCCAAAAAACAGGAGAUGCGAGCCGCCUCCGUCGUGCAGUCGCAGCCCAUGGUGGUGAAGGAGGAGAAGAUGCAUUCGCCCGUCAUCCGGAACGAAACCUUCAGCCCACCGCUGCGGCAGGACCCCCCGAAACACCCCGAGAGCAUCAAGCCCCCCGCGCACAUCCCGCAGAGAACGGAGAUGAAGCCCAUGGAGGGUGGGCGGCCCGUCAUCAGACCCCCCGAGCAGAACGCGCCGCCGCCGGGCGUGCAGGACAAGGAGAGGCAGAAGCAGGAGCCCAAAACGCCCGUCGCCCCUAAAAAGGACCUAAAAAUCAAGAACAUGGGCUCGUGGGCGAGCCUGGUCCAGAAGCACCCCACCACCCCGUCCUCCACCGCCAAGUCCUCCAGCGACAGCUUCGAGCAGUUCAAGCGGGCGGCGCGGGAGAAGGAGGAGCGGGAGAAGGCGCUGAAGGCUCAGGCCGAGCAAGUGGAGAGGGAGAAGGAGCGGCUGAGGCGGGAGCAGGAGAGGAUGAGGAGCCGCGACGACGAGGACGCGAUGGAGCAGGCGCGCCGGGUGCACGAGGAGGUGCGGCGACGCCAGGAGCAGCAGCAGCAGCAGCAGCAGCAGCAGCAGCAGCAGCAACAACAGCAGCAGCAGCAACAGCAGCAGCAGCAGCAGCAGCAGCAGCAGCAGCAGCAGGUGCCGCCCGCCUCCGCCUCGGCCCCGCAGGCGCAGAGCUCGCAGCCGCAGUCCUCGCAGUCCAUGCUGGAUCAGCAGCGGGAGAUGGCCCGGAAACGGGAGCAGGAGCGGAGGCGCAGGGAGGCGGUGAGCGUCCGGGGUCACCUUGGUGCCACCUGGGGGGACCCCCCCCUCCCCCUCCCCUCCCAGUGCCACCUGCGUGCUCCCCUUGUAGCCUUGGUGCCACCUUAAAACCCCCCAGUGCCACCUGGAUGCUCCCCUUGUGGCCU